ACACCAACCAACCAACCAGCGCAAGUGGUCGUCGGGAUGAUGGCGCUGCGGGUGGCGGCGAGCCCGGGGUUCCGGAUCGCGGCGUGCGCGUCGGCCCCGGCGGCGGUGGCUGGUGGAGGGAGGCCGCGGGAGCUGCCGCCACCGUUGGCGCUGCUGGCGGAGGGGACGACGAUGGUGGUGGGGGGUCACCGCGGGAUGGGGAUGAACGCGGUGGGGGCGCCGCCGGGGGCGAGGGUCGGAGCGGCCAGGGAGCGUGAGAACACGCUGCUCUCCUUCGGCCGCGCCGCCGACCACGCCGCCCUCGCCUUCGUCGAGUUCGACGUCCAGGUUACAAAAGAUGGCUGCCCAGUUAUCUUCCAUGAUGACUUUAUACUCACCCAAAAGACUGAGGCUUUAUACGAAAGGCGUGUUACUGAUCUUCUACUGGAAGAAUUCCUUUCAUAUGGGGUGCAAAAAGAAUCUCACAAGGUCUCCAAACCCUUGCUUAGGAGAAUGGAAGAUGGUAGAGUCCUUACCUGGAACACACAAGAAGAUGAUUCUCUCUGCACAUUGCAAGAAGUCUUUGAACGUGUCAGUCCUCGUUUGGGAUUUAACAUUGAGCUAAAGUUUGAUGACAACAUUAUCUAUCCGAGGGGCAACCUUGACCAUGCUGUUCAAGCUGUAUUGCAAGUUGUUUUUCAGUACGCUGGUAACAGGCCGAUCUUUUUCUCAACAUUCCAACCUGAUGCGGCACGGAUAACACGGGAACUCCAAAGCGUAUAUCCUGUACUGUUCUUGACAGAAGGGGGAACGGCCAAACACAAUGAUUCAAGAAGGAACUCACUUAACGAUGCUAUCCGAGUAUGCCAAGAGUAUGAAUUGCAUGGGAUUGUGUCAGAAGCGCGAGGGGUCUUCAAGAAUCCAUCUGCAAUCCUGAAAGCACAAGAAUCUAACCUUGCAUUUCUCACUUAUGGGCAGCUCAAUAAUGUGUGGGAGGCUGUCUACGUCCAGCAUCUGAUGGGUGUGAAUGGUGUCAUCGUUGAUCUGGUGGAGGAGAUCUCGAAUGCUGUGGCAGAUUUAAGUAAACCAGACCUCAGCCAGAGCAUGUCCAGUAGCAGUGUUGGCAUAGACGGAAAGCAUCAGGCCUUCUCGCAGCAGCAACUGGGGUUCUUGCUCCGGCUUAUACCUGAACUGAUCCAGCAACCACACUGAAGGUAGAUAAUACUCACGAAUCGUCUCGGUUUUGAAGCAAGUUGAGGAUUCAGAGACAUUUUUUUGUUUUGCAAAAACAGAGACAUGGUGUAACACUAGUCUAGAAGGUAUACACUAGAGCAUUGUUGCUGUUGAAAAUAUAGAUGAUUCCAUAUAGGCUUAUAGUAAAAUAGUCAAAUCCCCAGCCCCUGGGAAAACAUUCCGGAUGUAAUGCUUGAUCAAUCUUGUUGCAAAUAUGUGCAUAUCAACUUUGUUAACCACAAGAACAGCAAUGAGUUUCAAGAAUAUUUUCAAAGAUCACUUGAUUGUAA